AUGUUGGCGGUGCUGCUGGUGGUGGAGCUCCCCGGAGUCCUGCCGAAGUGCAUCUUUGACGAGGUUCAGGCCGAGGCCCGGGUGGUCCGAGCUGCACCCGGCGAGCCCCGACCCGGAGCCCGGGUCGCUCCGGCCUCUCCGCAGCCAAUCAGGAUCCAGACCUGGAUUCCGGUGGAGGGCGACGGCCUAUCGGAGGCUGAGAAAGAGAAGCUGGAGGCAGCGGUGGAGCAGGCUGUGAGGAUGGUGUCUUCUUUACUGUCAGUGAACAGAGCGCCGGGUCCAUUGCUGCUCAGCAGAGACGUCGGUAAAUACUGCAAGUUUCUGUGGAAGGAUUCAAGGACUGCAAACUACAACAGGUGUGGCCGGGCCAACACCAACUACAGAUCUGAGACCUGCCUGGAUGUGACGAUCCCGGACGAUCACCUUGCUGGUUGCGAUGUUUACCCUGAAGCCGGUUCACCUCGAAGGACUCGGCUUCGUCCUGAAGGGGCGGGACUCCCCGACACCGACUUCCUGCUGUACCUCCACGUUCAGGCCACUGACAGGUGCAGAGCAGAGCCUCACCUGUUGGCCUACGCUGUCCACUGCCAGACGGACACCUACGGACGACCUCUAGCCGGGGUGGUGGUCCUCUGCAGGGGCCGACGGGCAGCGGCCCCCGACAGCCAGCGGGCGACUGUGCAGACUGUGAUCCAUGAGCUGUUCCAUGCACUCGGUUUCUCUAAAGAGCUCUUCCACACCUGGAGAGACUGUUCCUCCACUCCUCAAGCUGCAGCGGGCUGCUCUCCUCGAGGCGGAGUGACUCACGCUGACGCAUCGGGCCAGAUGAGGAUUUACACCCCGUCUGUUAUCUCGGCGCUGCAGAGGCACCUGGGGUCCACUCACCCUGAGCUCGGGGCGCCGCUAGAGAACCUGGAUGUUCCUCCAGGCAGAGUGUCCUCUCACUGGGAGUCCCGGGUCCUGCAGGGCUCCAUCAUGGCGGCGGUGCUGGGGGACUGGACCACGGUUCGGAUCGACCCAGUCACCCUGGCCGCGCUGCAGGACACGGGCUGGUACGCUGUCGACCUGAGUCGAGCUCAGAAUCUCGUCUGGGGAGACGGGGAAGGAGCCAUGUUUGGUUCCCUUUCAGCCUGUCUGAACAAGUCCUCGUCCUUCUUCUGCACCGGCAGUGGGUUUGGGUGUCAUUAUCUUCACCUCCACAAGGGGGAGUGCCAGACCGACGCACACCUGGAGGGAUGUAGAGUGUAUAAACCCCUCAAGAAUGGAAGUGAAUGUUGGAAAGAGGAAAAUGGAGGAGAAGAGGAUUGGAGCGGGGAGGUCUUUGGUUUUCACAGCCGCUGCUUCUUCUCAAACCUGACCAGACAGAACCGGAGUCCGGUUCCUUCACUCCGCAGCUCUGUGGAGGGACGUUGUUACAGACACAGGUGUACUGGACUGAACAGGUACCAGAUCCAGGUGUCGGGCUGUGAGUGGGUGGACUGUCCAGCAGGGGGCGCCAUUCAGAUGAAAGGUCACCGGGGGUCAGUUCGCUGCCCUGACCGGAGGUUGUGUCUGCACGCCGACGUCGCUCCUCCUCCAGGCGACGUCGGUCCACUUCCUGCUUCUCUCACAAGUGGGACUUUACCUCCAGCCCAGAGCGGGACCCGGCCGGCCCUCAGAUGUCCGGCGGCCUCGGUGCUCGGCGUCGCCGCGGCCCUGUGCCUCCUGGCUGCAGCCGCAGCGACCUACAGGUCACGUGGCCUCUGCAGGACCCGGGUCCACGUGACCCCGCAGGAGCACACUGACCUUUAGCGGGCACGGCCUUCUUAAAAAAACGUUGAAUAGACACUCUCGGUGUCCAAGAAACUGUGGCUUUCCGUCUUAAUGAUUAUUUUAAUGAGAGGAAUUAUGAAUUCAAUCAGAUAUUGUAUUUUUAUUUUACAGGAAAUGAUUAUUUUAAUGAGAAGAAUAAUGAAUUCAAUCAAAUAUUGUAUUUUUAUUUUACAGGAAAU